AUGGACCAGAGCAGCACAGCGCCUCCGGCCCUGGACGCAGCAGAGCUCCGUGCCGUGUGCCAGACCUGUACAGUCAAGGAGCUCAAGAAGCUCCUGACGAAUCUGGCAGUUGAUCUCAGCGGCUAUGUGGAGAAGUCUGAGCUGGUGGAUGCCGCAGUCAGACGCCUGGACAGCGACGCGAAGGCGAAGCUUCAGCUCUUCAGCUACUGCCGGAUCUGCUGCAAUUGGCGCUUGGACGACGAUGUUUGGCCACUCACCUGUGGCCACCUCGCGUGCUUCCAGUGCUUGGGCAUGUACCUUGAGAGCCAGAUCCAGGCCAUGAAGUCUUCGUUGAAGUACAACCUUCCCUGCAUUUACGCGCCUGCUUGCUCCCACGAGAUGAGAUUCCAGGAUGCAGCGUCCAUGAGUGCCGCCCUGCGCAACCUUUGGAAGGAUCUUCAGCAGCGGGAUCGCCUCAUCCGCGAUGCCAAGUACGAGGUGCUGGAGUGUCCCCAGCCGGGCUGCGUCGGAGUGGCCUACAAGGAGCGGGGCCGGCGAACUGCCAUGUGCUUCAUGUGCGAGCAUACCUGGGAAGCCAAUGCCAACGGAACAGAUGAUGACGGCCAGAAGCCAAACUUUGAUGGAACCCGGGUCCGCAAGUGUCCAAAGUGCCAGGCUCCAAUCGAGAAGAACGGAGGUUGCAACCACAUGCACUGCACUCGUUGUGGCCGUCACUUCGAUUGGACCGCCAGCCGAUCAGCCGGAGAUCCCAAUGCAGCUCCUGCGGAAGCGCCCUUCGGAAACUUGAAUGCCAACAACCUCUUUGGAGAUGCCGCAGCUGCUUUUCAGCAGUUUUUCCCCAACAUGCACCAUGCUGGGGCCCAUGCAGCCCAUCACGCCACUCACCAGGCAGCUCAUGCCCAGGCCCAGGCGGCCCAGGCCCAGGCGGCCCAGGCGGCCCAGGCGGCCCAGGCCCAGCAGAGGGCCCGCGAGGCCUCGCAGGCCGGGACUGGAGCAGGGGCCGCAGAGCCAGGGGAUCUUUUCAACCACUUCGGCAACCUCCUGGGCGCAAAUGCGCCGGGCUUCCAACACGUCAUGGGCAAUGUCGCGCAGGCUGCCGGCGGCUUCAUGCAGCAUGCUGCGCAGAUGCGGCAGGCUCAUGAGGCCCAUGAGGCGGCUCAGCAGGCGCAUCGAAGGGCUCAGCAGGCAGCGACCGAGCAAGCUCGCAGAGUCCAUCAAGCUGCUCAUCAGGCGUCUGCCAACAAUACAGCACGUUUCGGCGCUGGGUUCGCUCCAACACAGGCAUCCAGUGGCGGUACAGGACAGCCUGAGUGUGUAUUGAGCUUGCUGGAAGAGCAAGAGAAUCAGCUACGAUGCGCUGCGCUCCAGCGGCUGAACGAGGUGGUGGAUCAGUUCUGGCAUGAGAUUGCCGAUUACUUGAACGACAUUGAGACGCUGUAUGAGGAGAAGAUCGUCGCAGUUGCCAUCGACGAGUAUGUCAAGUUGACCGGAGACAACUUUGAGCUGGAGAUGAAGAAGAAGGACCCGGUGCCCAUCGACACACGAUUGGAGGACGUCGUGAACCGGAUGUUUGCACGAUGCAUGGAGGACAAGGCCUACAAGCAUGGCCUUGGAAUGGCCUUGGAAACGCGGCGUCUCGACAAGGAGGAGCGGAAGGAGGAGGAGAAGGGGGAGGUCACCGAGUUCAUCAAGCAGAGUGACGCGAUGGCUGAAAUGCUCGAGUACGCGCAGCUCUCGGCGAUGACGCUGCUCACCUCGAAAGCCUUCCGGGAACGUGUCCUGAAGGAAGUGAAUCUAGCUGCACUGGCUCAGUGCUACUUCAUCCUCGGAGAGCCGGGAGAGGUCGCCAAAAUCUUGAAGGACUUGCUCGGACGCUCCGAGAAGGCCCUGCAGAUAUCUGUGACAGAGAGGGAGAGAGUGCGGUUGCAGGAGGGCCGCGCUCUAGCCUACCAGAUUGGCUUUGACAUCGUCCUUGACUUACAUGCCUGCAAGAAUCACUGCCGAAAAGAACAAAGAGCCACGAAGAUGGUGAUGCCGAUGAGUAUGGCGAAGACGAGCCGAGGCCACGUAGAUGGUGAUGCCGAUGAGUAUGGUGAAGACGAGGGCAACGAUUUCUCAUCACAGUAG